UUAGGAAUGACCGGCCAUACAUAAACACGUAUGCAGUGCACGUAGUUACCGGUUCACGUGUUAACAUAUGUAAAUAAAAGAAAAUUCUAGAAAUAUUGUUACAAAAUACACUCUUUCAGUUUUAACUGAAACGAAAUCAAUGGUUUAAAUGGAAUGAGAGCGAAAUAGAAAAAUCCUUCAUUCCUUGUUUUCUUGUUGUGUUGUGCUUAUUGAUGGAACGUAAACGAAAGUAAACCAAAAAUGGAAUGAAGCUAAUUGAAUGAGAAGAAAACUAAAAAUAAGAAAAAAUAAAACUGAACGAACGCUCGCCUCUGGCUUUUGCUAGCUAUGCAGUUCUUCGAUAAACAGCAUUCGGAAGUUACGCACAACAUUUUUUUUGAAUAAAUGGAGUGAAUAAAUGAUUUACAGUGUUUACAUUUACAAGUCUGAAUCAAUUGGAAUUCCAAAUUUGGUGGUGUUGAAAGAUAUUUAUGUGGAGGUUGUGAAGAGCUGGCUGCAGUGGUUAUUGGACAGUAGGAACCGAAGCAUCGUGAAGUGUUUGUAUUUUAGACAUCUGGUACAUCUGGUUUUAGGAAUUUAAAAUCGUGACAGUAUUUUUCUGCGAAAUAUUUCUAUGUUAGUCGGUCAUAAUCAUUGAUUCAGCAAGUGAUAUGCAUGUGGGGCAAAAUGGGCACCUUCUAUUUGAGCAUUAUUUCUCUACAAAGAUACUUUCCAAAGCUCAAAAUGUAUUCAUUAGAGUGUUCUCCGAAUACCAUAUUAAAAACAAAAUUUCAAGUAAAGUACAAGGAGUGAGUUACUGGAGCGGAUUUAUUAUACGAGGAUCUACUGUAUAUUCAUAUAAAUUAUACAGUUACACAAUGAUAAUGUUGAUGUGUUUAGUAAUUUUCUUAAUGUUUUGCUGUAUCUUCAUAACUUUGUUGAAGCGACACAAAAAGCCUCCGGGACCAUAUGGUUUUCCAUUCAUUGGAUGCUUAACAUUGAUUGACCCGCUUAAACCAUACGAAACUUUUUCUCGACUUGCACGACAAUAUGGUCCUAUAUACGGGUUGUGGAUGGGACAAGUUUAUACUGUAGUACUAACUGAUCCUACCUUAAUUCGAACCAUUUUUUCAAAGGAUGAAGCCACCGGUCGAGCACCCUUGUUUAUAACACACGGUAUAAUGGGAGGUCAUGGAAUCAUUUGCGCUCAAGGUAAUUUAUGGCGCGAUCAACGCCGAUUAUCAAUCGAUUGGCUUCGUAAAUUGGGAAUGAUUAAGUAUGGAUGUGCUCGAUUAAAUCUUGAACGGAGAAUUAAUUCUGGACUUAUCGAAAUGCUUCAGGACAUUGAUAAUAUGGUAGAUAAGGCACCACAUGGUUUAAACCCAUCUCCUAUCAUACAUCACGUGCUCGGAAAUUUAUUAAAUGAUUUAGUUUUUGGCAUAAAAUACGAAAAGAACAAUGUUACAUGGAAAUAUUUACAGCACCUUCAAGAAGAAGGUGUGAAGCAUAUUGGAGUAUCUAUGGCUGUGAACUUCUUACCAUUUUUAAGAUAUUUACCUUCUACUCGUAGAACAAUCAAUUUUCUUCUCGGUGGAAAACAUCAAACACAUGCUAUUUAUGAUGCUUUGAUAUCCAAUCAACGAAGCAAGUUGCGUUCUUGUGAUACAUUUAUUGAAGAGCAGGAGGAGUGCAUAUUAACAUAUUUUUUAAAAGAAGCCGCAAAACGACAAGAAGCAGGUCGACCAGAUGCUGCAUUUUGCGAUGACAUACAGCUACGCCAUUUGAUGGCUGACUUGUUCGGGGCAGGUGUCGAUACUACAUUUACUACGAUUCGAUGGGCUUUACUUUACAUCGCCCUAUAUCCAACUGUUCAAAAGCGUCUUCGAGAAGAACUGAGACAAAGACUGGUCGUGAAUGAGCCACCUUCGUUGAAUGAUGUGGAAGGAUUGCCCUAUUUACGGGCAACCAUCGCGGAAGUGCAGCGAAUUCGUACCGUUGUUCCGCUUGGUAUACCUCAUGGAACAACUAAGGAAAUAAAGAUUGAUGAUUAUAAUAUUCCAUCAAAUACAAUGAUCAUGCCUGUAGUAUGGGCUGUGCACAUGAAUCCUGUACUAUUCAACGCGCCGAACACUUUCAAACCAGAACGGUUCCUGGAUUUAGAGGGGCGCUUCACCAUUCCAAAUUACUUUCUUCCAUUCCAAGUCGGUAAACGUAUGUGUUUGGGCGAAGAACUUGCUAGAAAUAUUCUUCAUUUGUACAUCGCCAAUAUAGUGUAUCAUUACGAUUGGAUUCAGAUAUCUCCUGAGGAUGCUAUGUUGAUCGAUUUAACAGGUAAUUGUGGAUUAACCUUAACUCCCCCAGACUAUAGAAUUAUAUUCUCAAAAAAUAAUAAACAAAACUGUUAAAAACGUCGUAUCAAUUUUAUUAUUAUUUUACGCAUAAUUAUACUUUUUUCUUAAAUAUAAAGCAAAAUUAAUAUCAAUAAUAAGUGAUGCGGAUUCUAUUCACCUUUUUCAUUGAAAAAGAAGAAAUAAGAAAUAAGAUAUAUAAGAUAUAAAUAAUAAUACAC